CAGCUGAUUACAGGGUAUGGUAAUUGGCCAAUCACGGCACCCUUUUACCACGUGAUCAGCUGUGUCCAAUGACACAGCAAUCACUGGGUAAAUAUAGUUGCCAGUUAUCGACAGCACUUUCCUCACGCUUUCACAGCCAGUGCCACCCACCUGUGCCACUCAGGAGUGCCGCCCACCUGUGUCCAGCAGUGCCACCUACCUGUGCCACUCAGGAGUGCCACCCACCUGUGCCCAGCAGUUCCACCCAUCAGUGCUGCCCAUUAGUGCCACCUAUCAGUGCAGCUCAUCAGUGCCGCCUAUCAGUGCCUCCUAUCAGUGCCCAUCAGUACUGCCUAUUCAUGCCACCUCAUCAGUGCCCAUCAGUGCUGCCUAUCCAUGCCCAUCAGUGCUGCCUAUAAAUGCCCAUCAGUG